AUCACAGGUCACAGGGAAUCUAUUCCGUCUAAUCCGAGGCCCCGAGUGUUGGGCCCGCCAUAUUAUGAGUAGAAUAGAGUACAUCUACCAAUUCAUCAAAAGGGGACAAGAACCAGGUUACAUAACACUAUCACGCCCAGUAUUGGAUAAAGCAAACUAGAGGACGAGAAUGGAAAUAGAUGAAAUAGACUUGAUCAAAACCACUAGUUGAAAUAAAGUGCACCCCUAAACUAGGACAUAAAUGUUGAGAUCAGAGCUUUCGUACACGUUGUUAAGGACCUGAUUUCAGCUACUCUGAGUACCAAUAAACCCCCACUAGCUCUCUACCCAGUUUCUUGAUCAGCCUCCUUAGCCAAACCGUGCUCCCGCAGUAAGGCAUCGAUCUCGUCAGCACCCCAGAGGUGGUGAUAUAUCUGUCCUUCUUUGGUCUUCCCUACAGUCGCAAAUUCAACUAAUUGUAGAAGUAACAGAAGUUAGCAUUAAAGGACAAAAGAAAAAGAACGCAAUGAAAAGAAAAUAACAGGCUACAGGACACGAAAUGGUGAAUCUAUGGAGGUUCAAACUCACUCUUCUCGCUGCUCAGCUUCGUCGAGUCCAUCGUCUUGCUCAACACCUUUACAGCCAUACCACAAGCUUCCUUCAAAUCGCAAUCUUCCCUAUAGUCCUGCUUCAAUAGACUCUGAGCGCUGGCGUUAUUUGCACCCACACUCGUCGCCUUCCACCCACCGUAGUUUCCACUGGGGUUACUCUGGUACAGCUGGAACUGCCGGAGGGGAUCAUAUCCAGCGUAUACGAACGAAACGCCAAACGGCCGUAGACCACCGUGCUGCGUAUAGCCUUGUUUCAGAUCGCAGAGACGACGAACCAGUUGUUCACAAGGGAUCUCUUCGUUAUAUGUGAGGAGGUAACGUUGGGCGGCUUGGCGGGCAUAGUUGAUGAGGAUGUUGGCGUCUGCUGUCAUUCCAGCCACUGCGCAUAUCAUGUUACUGCCAAAUAGUAUAUAGAGCUUCUCCGCAGACGUGUCCUGUUCAAGUAGCUUGCUUGUCACCUUCCUCUCUGCGGCCAGAACGAUUCCAUCCUGUGCUAGUAUUCCAAGGGCUGUUCCAGCAUGCGAAAUGGCUUCUAGAGCGUAUUCGACCUGGUAAAGUCGGCCUUCUGGCGAGAAGAUCGUGGUCUACAAGACGAGGAAGCGAGUUAGGUUAGUUAUCGGCCGCUCAUACAAGAGUGACAGAGCACAUACCCGGGAAUCAUAUCUUCUGGACAUCUUGCUGGAUUCUAAGGGAGUAUAAUUUAGUCCAAGUUUAACACUGCGUGGUCAGCCGUGGGGGAAGCUGUUUGUUGCAAAUCGAGAUGAUGGAUGAAGCUCGACGUUGCUGCGUUGGUGAGCUUCCGCCAGGCAAACUCGCUUCGCGCGUCCUGCUGAAGCUUGGACCAAUUGUAGCCAAUCCAUAUUUAUCGAUCAUUUUCCCAACUCGCCCCAACAAUCACAACCACACACACAUAUCCACCGAUGGAAUAAGUGCGCAGCACCCGUACAUAUAACGAAUCUUAUGACAUAAGGCCGAGAUGUUUUGAGUAAAUCGAUUAAUAUGCUCAAAUCUACCUAUUCCGCUUUAAAUCCACUCCCUCCUGGAUGGACUGAGCACAAAGCUCCAUCAGGUCACCUCUAUUACUACAAUGCCCAAACAAACCAGUCGACAUAUAAGAGACCUUCUGCGCUUCCCUCACACUCACAGCCAACCGGAGCACCAACCCAACCUCCAUAUGGCUACCCACCGGCCUUUGCCGGCGCCCCGACACUAGCCUUGGCGCAUCAGUCGCACUACGGACCCCUACCAUUUAAUAUAGCUGAUAGCUUCAAUAAAUUUCGUAGGGAUAGUGCCGAGCAAAGGCGGCGUCAUGAUAGAAGACCCCGCCGCCCAGAGGACAGGCCAAAAUCCAAGCACUCGAUCCCCGGAUGUGCCCCGUGGGUCCUCGUCAAAACAAAAUUAGGCCGCCGAUUUGUUCAUAAUCCGGAUACUAACGAGAGCUUCUGGAAAUUCCCGCCAGAUAUAUUGAAAGGGGUUGUCGAGUAUGACCGUCUCGAAAGAGAAAGAAAAGCGCGGAGAGAGCUUGGUGAGUUAAGUGGAGACGAGCAACCGGAAGCGAGGGAGCCUGGAACAUUGUCACAGGAACACGAGCGAUCAGUAUCCACCAGUCGGAAUGAACCUAGCCAGGAAGAGGACAGCGAUGAAUAUGAAGAGGUUGAGGUAACAGAUGACGAAGGACAAGAGGGGAAUAUACCAUCUAAAAGGGCAAGAACCGAUGAGGAAGCCGGUGAAACUGAACACAUCGAGUUUAAUGAAGACGAUAUUGAAUACCAGCUAGCAGCCAUGGGUGAGGAGUACGGUUUGGACCCUGGAGAAUAUGGAGAACCAGGAGAGGAAGGGUGGGAAGAAGGCGCAGAGGGUCUUCCACUUACGGAAGGGGACUCCGUGGCAUUAUUCCGCGACUUGCUUGAUGAUUUCCGGAUAAACCCUUACACGCCAUGGGAUAGAUUAAUCGAGGAGGGUAAAAUCAUUGACGACGCCAGGUACACGAUACUGCCCAACAUGAAAUCACGCCGGGAGGCCUGGUCGGACUGGAGCCGCGAUCGGAUACAAGAGCUGAAAGAGCUCAGGGAGAAGGAGGAAAAGAAAGAUCCCCGAAUCCGCUACCUUGCGUUCCUACAAGAAUAUGCUACGCCAAAAUUAUACUGGCCGGAGUUCAAGCGUAAAUAUAGAAAGGAGGCAGAAAUGAAGGAUAGCAAACUAUCUGACAAAGACCGGGAAAAGCUUUACCGCGAUUAUAUACCACGCCUCAAAUUGCCUGAAAGUACCCGAAAAUCAGACCUUUCCGCGCUUCUCAAGUCCACACCACUCCACGCUCUGAACAGGUCGUCAACACCAGAUGCGCUCCCCACAAGUAUCCUCACAGAUCUACGGUACAUAUCAUUGCCACCCAAAGUUCGCGACCCCCUAAUUGAGGCAUAUAUAUCAACCCUUGCCCCGGCCCCAGAACCAGACAGUAUUUCUGCUGAGGAGCAAAUGGAACGCGAUAGACGACGAGCUGAGCGAGAGAAACGAGAAAAGGCACUGGCUGAACGGGAGUUGCGGGUGCAGGAGCAGAAGCGAAAACAACAGGGCGCGAUGAUGCAUGGAAGGGAUAUGUUACGGCAAGGAGCUGCGGAGCGGGAAAUGGCGAUGAGAGUUGGUAAGGAGGGGCUGAAAAGUCAUAUGGAGGCGGAGAUGGAGGCUCGAGAUGCCUAGGAGGCUACGAACGGGUAGACAACAUGCGUAUGUAGAUACUAUAUUACGUUUUGGUUGAAAGAUCCCAAUUGAAUAAGCACUUGUUUUAUUUGAAACCAACAACCCCUCUCAAACACACUGAAUGUAACUCGUCCAAAAUUGGUAUCAUGAGCGUAUAGCACAAAUAUUAAAAUUUUUAUCAUAUAAAACCUCACAUACAAUGUGUCAUCAUCUCCCGUGCGGCCUAUCUGAAUCUCCAAUUGUCCCAUCCCUCAUCCUCAUCCUCAUCCUCAU